AUGUUUUCAAAGAUUGACUUGAGGUCAGGAUACCAUCAGUUGAGAAUUGUGGAUGAAGAUAUUCCUAAGACAACAUUUAGGAUGAGGGUAUUUCAUCCAUUUAUGGACAAGUUUAUUUUAGUGUUCAUAGAUGAUAUACAGGUGUAUUUGAAGAAUAAGGAGGAACAUGUUGAACAUUUGAGAGCAAUUUUACAGACCUUAAGAGAAAAUAAGCUCUAUGCGAAGUUUUCUAAGUGUGAGUUUUGGUUAGAAAAGGUAGCAUUUCUGGGUCACUUUGUAUCCAAGGAUGGGGUAGAAGUAGAUCCAGCGAAGAUUGAAGCAGUAAAAGGAUGGACUACGCCAAAGACAGUGUCUGAUAUCGGGAGUUUCUUAGGUUUAGUAGGGUAUUAUAGGCGUUUUGUGAAGGACUUUUCCAAGAUUGCUAAGCCUAUGACUUCCUUGGUGAAGAAGGAUUGUAAGUUCGAAUGGAAUGAGAAGUGUGAAGAAGCAUUCUAG